AUGGCCUCAACAUAUGACCUCGUGAAUUAUGACUCCGACGAGGAGAGGGAAAAGCACCCUAAUGUUCCCUUCGCCAACCCCAAAUCUGCUGCCCUUUUCAUGGCUGGCUUGUUGGAAGGAGCCAGGUUUAUUUAUGGGCUGAUGGGUGAGCUUGCGGUCGCCUUCUUGCGCAGCACCCGAGUCAGUUGGGGCGUUGACAUGGCCUUAGCACCCAGGAAAUGGCGAGACAUUUGGAAGAUUAUGGAGGCUGGGCCAGGGUAUGCUGUUCCAUAG